AAUUAAAAAACCCGGAAAAUUACGGAUAAAUGUAUUCUGAAGUAACUUGAAUAUUUCUCGGAAUAGGAUUAACGGAUUCAAGGCAUCGACAUGUUGAAAUUCUUAAGUAUCUGUGCCUUAUGUGUACUAGGACUAUCGAUGGUUACUUCAAGGAAUAUUAACCUAUCUUCAUUUAACGGACGUAACAGAAGAAAUGUUCCUCUGGUUACAGUUGACAUCCUACCCACGACCGAAGAUCUUCAAGCACUGAAAGAACGUAUCAGAAAUUCACCAAGAGCAGUUAACAUAUUACCAGCACCAAAGAAGAUCUCUAAAAAUACCAAAUCUAAAUUCGGAAGACCAGUCUCCGAGGUAUCAGCAUUGACUAACAUGAUUGUACGGGCAGGCGCCACAAGACAGAGCUUGUCGGUAGUUCCUCUUGGUCCUAGUUUGUCACAAAUGACAGAUCUAGGAUCUUCCCUGACCAGUCUUACUUCUGAUACCAUUGCUAGUCAGGUUUCUCCUGAUUACCUUCCAGAAGGAAUAGUGUUUGGAACGGGAGUACCAAUGGUACCGGGUAGCUCUUCAGUUGUUGACGGUACCCAGGAUAUGAUACCGACCAAUCGAGCUCUGCAUCCGAGCAUACAGCACAAGCUUCAGGGAACAGCAGAUCAUCCUUUCGUGGUUCAUGUAUCAGAUCCUACGAUGGAAGUACAUCACGUACCACCACCAUCCAGCUCAGUACCAGAGAAUGGGGUCGUUUUUGCUGGUGCUCGUUCGCCACCCACUUUAGGGCCAAGCCUGGUGGAUCAGAUUGGUAUCGAGACUCCAAUAGUUGAACAGGGGCUACCUACCAUAGGAGAGCAGGCACCACAAUGGGUGUGGCCUGAUGGCGUCAACACUGGACCUUUUCUGGGGUAAACAAUAAUAUAAAAGAAGAUAUUUGGACACCUGUGAUUUAAUUGGACACAUUGAACAGUGGAAGAGUCAGUGGACUAGGGUCAAUGAAAAACCUACUUUUCUGCUCUUUUCUGCUUUCUAACAUGGCCUGGGAUUAGCCAGUGAAGUGUUCCACCGAUAGAUAUUUUAGGCAGCCGUCAUAGGAUAUGAAGUUAAUUAAUAUUAUCCAAAAUUAUCCACAUUUUAAACAAAUUGAAAAAAAACUUGAAAUCCGACAAAUAUAAGUGCUAUAAAUUUGCUUAAGGGUAAGCUGUUAUAUGAAUAAAUAAUUUUUAAAAUUGUU